AUGGCGACUGUGAUCAACCCCCCCAGGGAUCCAAACACCCUGAGCAAUUACAACAACUGGGUAUCCAUCCACAUCACUGCAAAUUUUGAUAUUCUCUUCGACCAGAAGAAGCUUGCUGGCAAUGUGGUUCAUCGAUUCCGUUCGACGACCCGCGGCGAGUCGCGGGAUAUUAUCCUGGACACCAACCAUUUAGAUAUUGGUGGUGUGAAAGUCAACGGCCAGCCGUCUAGCUGGGAAUUCCUUCCUCGCCUGGAGCCAUAUGGCACCCCGCUGAAGAUCAAGCUUGAUCAAGCCGUGGAGUUGGACGAGACCAUUGAGGUUGAUAUAUCUGUCACAACCACAGAGAAGUGUACUGCACUCCAGUGGCUGACUCCGGCCCAAACGUCAAACAAAAAGCACCCAUACAUGUUCUCUCAAUGUCAGGCUAUCCACGCACGGUCCAUUUUUCCUUGUCAAGAUACGCCUGAUGUUAAGUGUACCCUUGACUUCAACAUAACGUCUCCUCUCCCGGUGAUUGCUAGUGGAUUGCCCGUCCGGAAACAGCCAGAGACUUCGAAGUCCGAGGGUAAAUCGCUAUACCAGUUCCAUCAAAAGGUUCCGAUUCCGAGUUACCUUUUUGCUUUGGCGAGCGGUGAUAUAUCGGAGGCCUCGAUUGGCCCCCGUAGUGUCGUUGCGACCAGUCCUGACAAGCUCAGGGAAUGUCAGUGGGAACUUGAAGCGGACACUGAAAAAUUCAUCAAUGCCAUUGAGAAAAUUGUCUACCCCUAUGUUUGGGGCGAAUACAAUGUUCUGAUCCUGCCUCCUAGCUUCCCAUAUGGUGGAAUGGAGAACCCGAUUUUCACCUUCGCUACCCCAAGUAUCAUCUCAAAGGAUAGAGAAAAUAUCGACGUAAUCGCCCACGAACUUGCUCAUAGUUGGAGCGGCAAUCUUGUCACCAAUGCGUCCUGGGAGCAUUUCUGGCUGAAUGAAGGUUGGACUACCUACCUUGAGAGACGGGUAAGUGAUGCUUCGGUUCAUGGCGAGCCCUACCGUCAUUUCUCGGCCAUCAUCGGCUGGAAAGCUCUCACAGACUCGAUGGAUCAUUUCGGUCAUGAUCACGACUUCACUAAGCUUAUCACCAACCUGAAGGGCAAGGACCCGGAUGAUGCUUUCUCGAGCAUUCCAUACGAGAAGGGAUUCAACUUCUUGUACUACCUCGAAACCCUGGUUGGGAAGAGCAAGUUCGAUGACUUUAUCCCUCAUUACUUCAAUAAAUUCAAGGGGAAAUCCCUCGACUCUUAUGAAUUCAAGGCGACAAUCCUGGAUUUUUUCCAAGCCGAUUCAGAAGCGGCCAAAGCACUCAACGAAGUUGACUGGGAUAAGUGGUUCUAUGCUCCCGGCUUGCCUCCGAAGCCCGAUUUUGACACAUCGCUUGUUGAUGUCGUCUAUGAUCUAGCCAAGAAAUGGCUGUCUCUGCCAGGCUCAUCUUUCAAGCCUCAGCCAAACGACAUCCGAGGUCUGUCGGCAAAUCAGAUUGUAGUGUUCCUGGAACAAGUUCUUGUGUCUGAGCACCAACUCACACCUGAACUGUCACGACUAAUGGGUGAAGUCUAUGGACUUGCCAGAAGUAACAAUAUUGAGGUAGCCAACCUCUACUGUCAAGUGGGUAUGAAGGCCGGGGACGAGAGUGUGCUUGAACCGACUAUCGAACUGCUGGGCAAGAUUGGACGAAUGAAAUUCGUGCGCCCCUUGUACCGAAACUUGCAGAAGUUCAACCGCCAACGUGCGAUUGAGACAUUCCAGGAAUACAAGGAUUUUUACCAUCCAAUCUGUCGUGCUAUGGUCGAAAAGGACCUCUUUGGUAAGAAAGAGGAGUAA